GGUGAGUGUGAUUCUGGUGAUUUCUGAGGUAGAAAUGAGAAAACCGUCCCUCUUUCAUUGACUUUGGUUGUUUCUCAGCAGCAUGUCUCUUCUGUCUCUCCUGCGUUCUCCGAGCCUGUCCUUCCUGCAGACGCUGCUGUCUCUGCUGCUGUCUCUGGUGUCUCUGUCGUCCUCGUACUGGUGUGUGGGCCGACAGAAGGUCCCGAAGCCGCUGUGCUCCCCGUCCCGCCGGCUCAGGUGUACUCCGGUGCACGGCGUCUCUGACGUAUCCUUCUCCUGGGAGACCGGCGACGACCGCUUCAUCUUCCCCUCCUUCCACGCCGGGCUCUGGACCACCUGUGAGGAGAACAUCUUCACCGAUGCCUCGGAGGAGAAGUGCCGCAGCUUCAUGGCUCUCACACCUGCAUCAGAGAAAGGGAUCGUGUGGCUGUACGUGGGGAUGGAGCUGCUGUACAUCGCUCUGUUGUGUGUCAGUUCUCUGCUCUUGCUGAUGCAGUUGUGUUUGUCAUCCUGGUUUCCUCCGCAGCAGCGCUGGGGUCAGUUACUAAACGCCUUCGCCGCCAUCUGCACUGUUCUGGGAGGGCUGGUUGGGAUGGUCGCUCACAUGAUGUAUAUGCAGGUUUUCCAGGUGACAAUCUCUCUCGGCCCUGAGGACUUUAAACCUCACAGUUAUGGAUACUCUUGGGCCUUUUACGUGGCGUGGGUGGCCUUCACCUGCUGCAUGUCUUCUGGCGUGUCAACACUCAACAACUACACCAAGAAGUUCCUGAUGGUGGGACCCAAGCACAGGAGCGUGUUUUACCCCUGCAGGAACUUCACCUUUCCUCCGCAGCCGCCUCCGCUCUCGCCUCUGUCUCCGUACUUCUCCCCGCCGCUCCCAGCCCCUCCUCCUCCACCUCUUCGACCUGCCCCUCUCUCACCAUGCCCCGCCCCUCACUCCCACAGCCCCGCCCCUCUCUCACCAUGCCCCACCCCUCACUCCCACAGCCCUACCCCUCUUUCACCUUGCCACACCCCUCACUCCCACAGCCCCGCCUGUCUCUCGCCACGCCAUGCCCAUCACUUCCACGGCCCCACCCUUCACUCACACAGCCCCGCCCCUCUCUCGCUCCUUGAGUCGGCCACAUCUCCUCCCAUCGCUUUGCUUCUGUCUCCUCUGAGCUUUGCGUCUCAGUGUCCAGACGAGGAGUUCAGCCCGCUCUGA